AUGAAGAUCUCAAAGGGCAUUGCACAACAUGUGAAGGGAGCAAAGGACAAAAUGUUGUCCCUGUCCCCCAAGAGGAGAAUGCCACCCAAAGCAAAAGGAAGAAAAAGCAUGCACAACACCUGUGAAGUUCCUAGUGUUGAGUUGUCAGGCGAGCUCAGUGUUUGUGACCCUCUUACUGAGCUUCGGAUUGCCACUGCUGAGGUUUUCUAUGCUUGCCUUAAUGAUCAUGACCUCAGAGGUGCCAAGUCGGUGUUGGCAGAUGAUGUGACUUUUGAGUUUCGCGCAUUGGAUGGCAGCUUGGUGCAUGAAAUGAACUGGCAAGAUUUCCGGGAAGAAACCAUGAAAAUCUUUAACUCAUUCCCUGACUUUGCAAACAAGCCCAAAUCAAUCAGAGAGGGACAAGAUGGCACAGUGAAAGUCCAUUAUGCAGUCACCAGUGGAACCCAUUCGGGGACACCAUUUGCGUUUGGUCCCUUCCCUCCUAUCGAAGCCAGCAACACCCGAGUUGUGAAUGAUCCUGAAGAUGUGCGGCUUACUUUUUGUGAUGGCAGAAUCCGAAGGUUUGCCAUCUCUGCCAGGGGAGAGAUGGUUGGUCCUGCUGGUCUGUACACUCAGCUGGGAGGGUUUCCACUUGUUUGA